GAGAAGGAGCCAGAGUGGGGAGGAGGGGAAUGGAGUGGGAUCCAUCCUGGGUGAAGCCCUCAAAUCCCUCAGGUGAUCCUUGGAAGUUCUCCAGAAGUUUCUCCUGGUGCUCCAGCUGCUUCUUGUGUCCCAGAACCCAGUCCAUCUUUCCAAGAAUCCGGAUCUUUCCCACAUGUUCCAGGCCUGGAGAUUCAGAGCCUUACCUUGCCCUGAAAACAGCCGCUAUGAGCCCUGUGGCAAUGCCUGUCCAGCCACCUGCUCCGACGGGGACAGUCCAGCCACCUGUGACCAGCCCUGUGUGGAGACCUGUGCCUGUAGCACCGACCAGUGCUCAGCGGCAGACAGCGCGUGCCGCUGUCCUGCUGUGGCUGCACCCGUGACGGCCGCUACUACCGUCCUGGUGAGGAGUUUUGGGGCGAUGACACCUGUCACUCCAGGUGCAGGUGUGACAUGGAGCUGGGAAUGGCGGUGUGCGAGGACUCCGGGUGUAAGCCGGGUGAGGUGUGCGCGGUGGUGAAGGGCGUGCGGCAGUGCGUGGCCAACAGACCUCCAUCUGUGUGGCCACUGGUGACCCCCACUGUACCACCUUCGACGGGCACUGCUACAACUUCACGGGUACCUGUGUCCACCAGUCGGUGGGGCUUUGCUCCGCUGACCCAACCCUCAUCCCCUUUGCUGUCACUGCGGAGAACAAUCACCAUGGCAGCCGCCUGGUCUCCUUCACCAAGGUGGUCACCGUGGAGGUGUACAACAUGACCCUCAGCUUCAGCCAGGAACAUCCCCAGGAGGUCAAGGUUAACUGGUGUCCUGUUGGACCUUCCCUUCACCCACAACCACUAGCUCCAACUCUCCCUCUUGGGCAAGUCCCUUUGACUGGUACAGCAACGCCUGUGUCAUCAUCCCCAACACCUACGCCCGUGCCAUCUGCAGCCUCUGUGGCAACGGCAAUGGUGACCCCCAGAACAACUGUGUCAGCUGCGAUGGCCACGACGCUGACAAUGAGACCCACCUGGGGGACAGCUGGAAGGCCCUGUGUGCUCCCCAAACCAGCACUAUGAGCUCUGUGGCCGCCCCCUGCCCCCCACCUGCCAAGGCGAAGCUGGACCUCAGGACUGCUCUGAUGCCUCCACACACUUUGAAGGUUGUUUCUGUGAUCCUAGAUUUUUCCAGAGCAGGGAUCACUGCGUGCCCCUGCCCCAAUGCGACUGUGUCUUGGAGGGCCGCUACUACCCCUGGGGCGUGCAGUUUUACCCUGAGACCCCUGCACUUAGAGCUGCAUCUGCUCUGAAAAUGGGGGGCUGGAGUGUCACCCCACUCCAGGCUGCUCCAGUGACGAGGAAUGCACAGUGUAGGAUGGGGUACUGGGGUGCCACCCCUGCACCUGCAGCCAGUGCCAGAUUUUGGGGGCAGGGGCUUACAGCACCUUCGAUGGGCACCUGGGGAAUUUUGGGGGUCCUGCACCCCCCUGCUGCUGGAGUUGGAAAGGGGUGAGCCUAAAGAAGAGCUGGAGCCUAUCACAGUGGCCUUGGAGCAGGAGGACAUGGAAGUGCAGCAGGUGAUGCAACUUCAGUGGGGACCCCAACGAGAACAACUCCGCUGGGGAGGCUCUGGGCAGCUCCCCCCCAAACUGCGCCCACCUGGCACCCACUCCCAGCUGCUCCAAGGCCCAGUCACAGUGCUGUGCUCACGGACCCCGAGGGACCCUUUGCGGGGUGUCACGGGGCAGUGCCGCCCCGCAUGUACCUGGUGAGCUGCAAGUGCCAGAUGCGAACACAGCUUCGUGCCAGGCAGCAGGAGGGGUGCUCCAGGAGUGUCGGCAGGUCACAGGUUGCCAUCGCUGAGACCAUCCUGACCUCUGACUGCUCCCAGUCUUGCACCUUCCUGGGGCCCGGGGGCUUCCAGUUCCACCCCUUCACUUGUCCCUUCAGCCACAUCUGCAGCCUCCAUGACGGCAGCCACACCUGCAUCGCACACCUGGGGCACUGCACCCUGUCCCCUGCCACCCGCUUCGUCACCUGUGAUGGUGUCACCGGGGCCACCCUAGCCACCGGCAUCUGUGUGGCGGCCAGCGUGUGUGACCCCCGGGACCCCGUGUGGUUCCAGCUGCUGGGGGACGUCAAGGAUCUCGGGGACCAGCUGGCAGUGGUGGCAUUUCACCUCUUCACCCGCCAUGGCCUCAUCACUGUGCAGAGGAACAGGAAGGUCUGGCUCACAGAGUUCUUGGGACCACUGGCCAUCACGGAGACGCACACGACGCUCCGAAUCACCCCGGGAUUUCUGGUGGAACCGGGGGCCGCGGGGGCGGCAGUGGAGGUGACCAGGCCACGCUCGGUGGCCUCUGUGGCAGCUGCGACGGUGCCACCAGCAACGACCUGCAAGGGCCUGACGGUGACGAGCAGUGUGUGAGCACUGGCCACGGCCUGGCGUGUGCCCAGCGUCACCCGGUGAUGUGGAAAAUUGACAUUUCACCUGGGUGGCCGCGCCCUAUCAUUGACGUCAUCCUCAAACAUCCUCAGAUCCGGAAAACCCGGAUUUUUAGAAGUCCCAAAACUCUGCUUUCGCCC